GGGAACACUAACCUUCCGAGGGGUAUUCAUGGAAAUCUCGAUGGGUUACAUUGACAACGACAACAGUUCGAAAGGGAGCCAAGAUUGAUGGCUAGAAGCCAAGGUCAUAAAGUUGGCCAAUGCCGGGGGAGUUAAUGGUAGAGCGGUAAAAUACGAAGGUAAGGAUGAGAACGAUGAUCAUAAUAAUAAUAAUAAUGAAAUAGGAGGGAGGGGAAGAGGGGUAGGAUACUGGUACGAGGAUGGCAAAAUAUCGAAGAGGAUAGUAUUUAAAUUUUGGAGACUUUGGCUUGGGUUCUUUGUAACACCCCACCCCACUCCAUCUCUUGCUUCCUCCUCAAACCCCUCCUCUCUCUUCCACUUCUUUUCUCCUCUCACCUCUCUACUCUUCCUUCACUUCCAACAUAUCCUUAUCCCACCUUGCAAGUCUUCUCCUCCUCCUUCCACUGCUUGGGUUUCUUCCUCGAAGGCUUGGUUUUCCUCAGCCUUCCACUUUUGGGAAGGGGAAAGAAAGAGCUCUCCGGAACCAUAAGAAAGCUGCCAACUUUUCCAUUUGAGGGAUGGGAGACCAUCUUGCCCUACUGGUGGACCGCCUGCUCACUGAAUCAACUCUUGAAGCAGCCAUUGCAAGCAGAAAACAGGCACAAAUUGGGCCGGUCUCGGCAUCAUUUGGGGAUCCUGGGAGUGAAUUAACUCAGAAGAUAACUUCUGCAGAUAAGACCUCUCACCAAAAUUUGGUCGAGUGCCGGAUCUGCCAAGAGGAAGAUGUGGAUUCCAACAUGGAGAUUCCCUGUGCAUGUUGUGGCAGCUUAAAGUAUGCUCACCGAAAAUGCAUACAGCGGUGGUGUAAUGAGAAGGGUGAUACCAUUUGUGAGAUAUGCCUGCAGCAAUUCAAGCCAGGUUAUACUGCUCCGCCUCCAUUGUUUCACUAUGGUAGUAUCCCCAUGAACUUCAGGGGAAGCUGGGAGAUUUCCCGGCAGGAUCAACAUGAUUCCCAGAUCAUAACAAUGGUUCCAUCAGAUCAUGGUCGUAUGGGAUCCGACUAUGACGAUUAUUCACCUUCAAGCACAAGAAGCACAAUUUAUUGUCGAUCAAUUGCCAUACUUUUCAUUGGUCUUUUGAUUCUUCGCCAUACACUUCCUCUCAUAAUCAGUGGAUCUGAGCAGUACUCCUUCGCACUUUUCUCACUGCUGAUGCUGAGGACUGCUGGAAUCCUUCUACCAAUAUUUGUAAUGGCAAGAGUGCUAACCACAUUUCAUCGUCGACACCAGCGACGGGUGAGUCAUGAAAUAUCCAUCUCUUCAUCUGAUGGGGAAAGUAUACAGUCUCAUUCCUUGCAGCUAAUGCAGUCUCAACCAUAUCUCAUUCGCACACACUAACAAAAUCAAAAGUUGCUGCUUGGUUUCCACCAAAAUAAUCCCACCACAGCUUUGGUGAUGCAAGAAGUAUGAAACAAAGAAAAACGAAUCAGAAGAAUCGGAGAUCAAUCAAGUGAAGCUUCAGAUGGAAUUUAAUGAUUACAUUAUAUUGAGAAGAUCAAAUUAAGUCACUGUAUAUAUAUGUUAUGAAUACUUGCAGACUUCCCACGAGGAUGCCACUCGCUUCAAAAGUCUGAAGAUGAAGUGGUUUGUUAUGCUUGAACGAGGAGAAUUGUUUCAAUUUUAGCGAUUUCCGGUGCAGUAAAAUGUUGCUUAGCUAUGAACACAUUGGGUCCCAACUUUAUAAUUCUGAUUAGAUUAAUGCAAAACAUUAUGAGACU